UGCAUUUACGCUUGUUCUUUUAUUACAUCAACAUAUUACAUUUACAAUCGAGUUCUCAUCUUCGAGCCAUGACCGGUAAGGAAGUUCUCCACAAGAUGAAGGAAACCGUCAAGGAGAAAGUUGGGCUUGGUUCGUCAGCAGAUUCAGGGAAGGGAAAGAGCAAGAUGUCAAAGCAGAUAACACACGGUUUCCACUUGUUGAAAGGGAAAGCUCUCCACGAGAUGGAGGAUUACGUGGUUGCCAAGUUUAAAGAAGUCGAUGACAAUGAGCUUGGCCUCUUUGCUAUCUUCGAUGGCCAUCUCAGCCACGAGAUUCCUGACUACUUAUGCUCCCAUUUGUUUGACAACAUCUUGAAAGAGCCAAAUUUCUGGCAAGAGCCCGAGAAAGCGAUAAAGAAAGCUUAUUACAUAACAGACACUAAGAUUCUAGACAAGGCUUCUGACUUGGGGAAAGGAGGUUCCACUGCUGUGACUGCUAUAUUAAUCAACUGUCAGAAGCUGGUGGUAGCUAACGUUGGAGACUCUCGAGCUGUUAUUUGUAAAAGUGGUGUUGCCAAGCCACUCUCUGUCGAUCAUGAACCUAACAUGGAGAAGGAUGAAGUAGAGAGCAGAGGCGGAUUCGUCUCAAACUUUCCUGGGGACGUUCCUAGAGUUGAUGGUCAACUGGCUGUGACAAGGGCCUUUGGUGAUAAGAGUUUGAAGAUGCAUUUGAGUUCUGAACCAUAUGUUACGAUGGAAGUCAUUGAUGAUGAUGCAGAGUUUCUUAUCCUAGCUAGUGAUGGACUUUGGAAGGUCAUGUCGAACCAAGAAGCGGUUGACUCGGUUAAGGGUAUAAAAGAUGCAAAGUCUGCAGCAAAGCGCCUUGCAGAGGAAGCUGUUGCAAGAAAAAGCUCAGAUGAUAUCUCAGUGGUCGUCGUGAAGUUUCAGUGAGCUCAGUUACGCUAGGAGAGAAGAAGAGAGACCUCUGCAGAUUCAAUUGUUCAUAAGUCUUACCGGUCACUGAAACAAGUAAAGAGUCUUUGAGUUUGGACCAGCUAAAGAAUCAGAACAUGAAACAAAACAUUGGCAUUUCCUCUGUACGAUGCAAUCGUCACCACUUCUAUUUGCUCUUCUACUUUUUUUUCUUUCUAUUCCAACCUAUUUGUCUGUUUGUGAGAAUAAAAUAAACAGU